CACCGGCGCGGGCGGUGACGUUACCUCUCCGGCUUUUCUCUCUGACUUGCACUUUGCAUCGACUCACAUGCCGCUGAUGCUUCGCGUCUCCUACUCCUCCAGCUUAUUAAUCCACCGCUCUCUCCCUCCCUCCCUCUCUUCCCGCUCCACUCUCCACCGGUCUCGCCCGCCGCGAGAUCCGACUCCGCUUCCAGAAGCUUCUGGAGGCCCGCCUCAUGAGCGUCUGAUCGGCCGUCGCCAUGGGCUGCGCUGGAUCCACUCCCAAAGUCAAUGAGAACAGUAAGAAGCUGAAAAGGCCUAAAGCUUGGAAGCACACUCAACCGAUUACACCAGCACAACUUAAACAGAUGCGUGAUGAAUUCUGGGACACAACUCCGCACUAUGGUGGCCAAAAAGAAAUUUGGGAUGCUCUUAGAGCUGCUGCAGAAUCUGAUUUAGCCCUUGCACAAACCAUAGUGGAUAGUGCUGGAAUCAUCAUUUCAAAUCCUGACAUGACGCUUUGCUAUGACGAGAGAGGUGCCAAAUACGAGCUGCCCAAGUAUGUUUUGAGCGAGCCAACAAAUUUGAUCCGUGACGGUUGAAUCUUGAGUGAAGAGUUACAGCAUGGAUAGAGCCACGUAAAUUAUGUGAAUCGCUCAUUCGGUCGCUGAUUCUGCAUUGUAGUUCUCGGAGACGAUGAAGCUCCUUUUAGCACUGUAUAGUUAUUUUGUUGGCCGCUGCUGUAGAAAAAUAGCGUCAUUUAGCAUCUUCGCAUCUAAGUUAGUAAGUUGUGGUUGUUUGUACUGAAAAUUAGCGAGUCCAGUUGUACAGACAAUUCGAAGGUGCAGUGAAAUGGCAUCUUUGUGGAAAAAAUAAAGGUCAUGGAAAUGCACCAGA